AUGGUAACCCUUGGUGAUGAUGCGAUGGGGAAGAUCGUAAUCGAGAGACAACGACGAUGUCGUCCUGGUGAUAUUGAAUACCUGUCCGUACCUUUGUCAGAGCGUCGUGUGAAAGAAAUAGGGAAGUUUAACGUAAAGACUCCGUCAGAUAAAAGUAAUUGUUUGAUACGUGGGGUUGUGUACCUUCCUUAUAAACAGAUAAUACUUAGUGAUUUCAACAACCAGAAGCUGAAGCUGUUUACAGACAAAGGGCAGUACCUAGACGAGUUGACCAUUCGUGGAGAUCCCUGUGAUCUGUGUCUGGUAAACAACAAUACCGUGGCGGUCGCUGUCACCAGUCCUGGUGGUGUCCGUGUCGUGAAAGUCGAGGGCUCAAAACUCUCCCUGUCGUCUGAGAUCAACAUGCCUAAUGGUAAAGACUGUUUUGGUAUAACACAUACAGACGGGAGGUUUAUUGUGGGUACAGAUGGAGAAGACGUAUACAGUGUGACUCAGGACGGAGCGACAGAGUUAUUAUAUAAGUAUAACUAUAUCUGUCAUUGCCUCACACAUGAUCCAGUAAAGGGAGACACACUCGUCAGUGUCAGUAACAUCAAACGUCACACGGAUGUGAUGAAGGUCGGUGUCGUGAGGGAUGUAACGGGAAUAGACGUGGACAGGGAGGGUAACAUCUACGUGUGUGGUUAUAGUUCACACAACGUCGUACAGAUGUCUGGGGACGGGACACACGUCAGGGAACUACUGACAUCAUCGGAUGAAAUGGAACAUCCUUGGGCAAUAGCUGUUCGUGAUGACACGUUUGUGGUCACUUCGUGUAAUCCUUGGAAAUCGAAAUCUGCAGACAAUAAUUGUAUCCGUGUCUUUCAACUCUUCUAA